CCCUUCUCCUGCCCCCAUCUCGGUUCUCCGGAGUCCCUUGGUGCCCCCUUUCUCUUCUCCUUGCCCUCUCCUCACUCCUCCUACCUCCCGGAGUUUCUCCCUCCCCAGCCCCUCCGCCCCCGCCUGAUUCCGAGGGGCGGGAGCGCUUUGGGCUGCGCGCGGUUGGGGGCGCCGCGCCAGCUUCGCGUAGCUGCUCUGACGCCGCCGCCGCCGCCCUCCGCAGCCCAGCCCGCGCCCCGCGGCAGCUCCGCAGUGCACUCGCCACCGCCGCUCCGCCAGCCCCGCUGCCCGCCCGCCGGGUCGGCCUUGAGCGAGCCUCAGACGCCAGCCGAGGGGGUCAUGAGACAGAGCGCCCCGGGGCACCGCGGGGAAAGCGAGCGAAGAUAGCGGUCUCACGCCCCCGUGGCCCUCACCGCCUUGCCGUGCGUCCCCCGCGUCCCCAGCCCCUUCCGUCCUUUUCUCGGGCCCCGCUGCCGCCAUGGCCACCCUGCUCCGCAGCAAGCUGUCCAACGUGGCCACGUCCGUGUCCAACAAGUCCCAGGCCAAGGUGAGCGGCAUGUUCGCCAGGAUGGGUUUUCAGGCGGCCACCGACGAGGAGGCGGUGGGCUUCGCGCACUGCGACGACCUCGACUUUGAGCACCGUCAGGGCCUGCAGAUGGACAUCCUGAAAACCGAGGGCGAGCCCUGCGGGGACGAGGGCGCUGAACCGCCCGUCGAGGGAGACAUCCAUUACCAGCGAGGCGGCGGCGCGCCCCUGCCGCCCUCGGGCUCCAAGGACCAGGCCCUGGGAGCUGGUGGCGAGUUCGGGGGCCACGACAAGCCCAAGAUCACGGCGUGGGAGGCGGGCUGGAACGUGACCAACGCUAUCCAGGGCAUGUUCGUGCUGGGCCUGCCCUACGCCAUCCUGCACGGCGGCUACCUGGGAUUGUUCCUCAUCAUCUUCGCCGCCGUGGUGUGCUGCUACACUGGCAAGAUCCUCAUCGCAUGCCUGUACGAGGAGAACGAGGACGGCGAGGUGGUACGCGUGCGGGACUCGUAUGUGGCCAUCGCCAACGCUUGCUGCGCUCCGCGCUUCCCCACGCUGGGCGGCCGCGUAGUGAACGUGGCGCAGAUCAUCGAGCUGGUGAUGACUUGCAUCCUGUAUGUGGUGGUGAGCGGCAACCUCAUGUACAACAGCUUCCCAGGGCUGCCCGUGUCGCAGAAGUCCUGGUCCAUCAUCGCCACGGCGGUGCUGCUGCCCUGCGCCUUCCUUAAGAACCUCAAGGCGGUGUCCAAGUUCAGCCUGCUGUGCACUCUGGCCCACUUCGUCAUCAACAUUCUGGUCAUUGCCUACUGCUUAUCGAGGGCGCGCGAUUGGGCCUGGGAGAAGGUCAAGUUCUAUAUCGACGUCAAGAAGUUUCCCAUCUCCAUUGGCAUCAUCGUGUUCAGCUACACGUCGCAGAUCUUCCUGCCUUCGCUGGAGGGCAAUAUGCAGCAGCCCAGCGAGUUCCACUGCAUGAUGAACUGGACGCACAUCGCCGCCUGCGUGCUCAAAGGCCUCUUCGCGCUCGUCGCCUACCUCACCUGGGCCGAUGAGACCAAGGAGGUCAUCACGGAUAACCUGCCCGGUUCCAUCCGCGCCGUGGUCAACAUCUUCCUGGUGGCCAAGGCACUGUUGUCCUACCCGUUGCCCUUCUUCGCUGCUGUCGAGGUGCUGGAGAAGUCGCUCUUCCAGGAAGGCAGCCGCGCCUUCUUUCCCGCCUGCUACGGCGGCGACGGGCGCCUCAAGUCGUGGGGCCUGACGCUGCGCUGCGCGCUGGUCGUCUUCACGCUGCUCAUGGCCAUCUACGUGCCGCACUUCGCGCUGCUUAUGGGCCUCACCGGCAGCCUCACGGGCGCCGGCCUCUGCUUCCUGCUGCCCAGCCUCUUCCACCUGCGCCUGCUCUGGCGCAAGCUGCUGUGGCACCAGGUCUUCUUCGACGUCGCCAUCUUCGUCAUCGGCGGCAUCUGCAGCGUGUCCGGCUUCGUGCACUCGCUGGAGGGCCUCAUUGAGGCCUACCGAACCAACGCGGAGGACUAGGGCGCUAGGGCCAGCCCCGGCCGCCCUCCCGCGCUCUCCCCCCUCCCCAUUCACCCCUCCCCCAACAAACCCGUGCGCCCUGCCGCCGCGCUUGGGAAGCCAAGCUUUAAACAUCUCUGGUUCCCCGUCUCUGAUUUUGGGGGUUGGGGGCGGGAGGGGAUAGGGAUCCACAAUUCAUCGCGUCUGCGUUUCUGUUGUCCUUUCUUUUCCACAACACCCUGGUUUCGGGGGAGGCGGGGGCGCAUCUGUGGGCAGGGUUUUCUGUCCUUUCAGGAGGGGCCCCGACACUUUGGUCCCUGUCACCGAGGGGGGGGUGGGAAGGGAGGGAGAGGGGGCGCAACUCGCAGGCGUAGAAACUUGACCUUGCGGGCACAUUUCACAGCCAUCAGUGCUUGGAAUCUGCAGCGUCUAGCCAUUUCCAGCAAGAACGAUUCCCAUUCCGGAGACAUUUCAACCCUUCAGCGGGAAAGGCUGGCCGGGAAAUCCGUUUCGGGUGGGCGAUUUCCUUCGCCGAAGCGGGGAGGCGAGAAGCCCCGGCGGGGCCGGCUUGCCUUCCGGUUUUCAGGAAUCCAGACUCAUCUCGUGCAAUUUAUCAGGUUGUGGAACUGUUCUACUGUGCGUGUGGUGUGCUCGUGGUGAAUAAGAUGAAAUGUAUAUCAGAAAAAAAAUCUAUCUCUAAUUUAGAGUGCGGUGCAUAAUUAUAUCCGCAAAUAAAGAAGAAACAAAGGC